AUAUUAGCAGUUGAUGGCUUAAUAUGCUCCCACACCCGAGCAGAUGCAUGAGAUGAAGGCAAGCAGUGUUUAACAAAGCUGGUUAUUUUCUUCUGAUAGCUAAUUGUUGUUUUAGACUUGCCUUCCUGCUACCUGUGGUUAGAUUAAAUAUCAGGUGUGUGUUCAUCCCUUAUAAUGAGUUAUCCUUUACAGGGGACUAGGUGACUAUUUGUUUACAGAAUACUACAGAAUAUUUGUCUGUACAUACUACUUCUUAAUGACUUCUUAAUAGUUCUUGAUUCUUGGCACUGUGGGACGUGUUGCAGCUGUUUUGGUUCUGACCAAAUGGUCUUCCCUGCAUCCCUUUUGUGGCUUUGGUGACACUGGGCCAGACUGCAACGUUGGAGCAUUGGUUGGAGAACAUGGGAUCUGGUAGUUCUGUAAAUGUCCAGUACAAGUACUCCCUGCAGAAGUCUGAAAAUGCUUUCAAGGCAGCUGUGUUGAUCCAGCAGUGGUAUCGGCGCCACGUGGCUCGGCUGGAAAUGCGGCGCCGCUGCACCUGGAGGAUCUUUCAGUCCAUUGAGUAUGCCUGCGAGCAGGACCAGAUCAAGCUUCACAACUUCUUCAGUUACCUCAUGGACCAGUUCACACCAAGCAGCAGCAAAGAGAGGGAUUUUAUCAGUCGCAUGUUUGUAAGUGGGGAAAGUUACAAAGAGGCAGAGCUGGAAAAAUACUGUGACUAUGAAUCCAUAGAGGUGCCAGACUCCUACAUCGGACCCCGGCUCUCCUUCCCUCUCCUCCCUGACCAUGCCACGGCCUUGCUGGAAGCUUUUCAACAGAAACAACAGCUCCACGCUCGCUAUGUCUUAAACCUCCUGCACGAGACCAGGAAGCACCUCAAGCAGUUGCCAAACAUCAGCCACGUCUCCACCUGCUACAGCGAGGAGGUCACUGUGUGUGGAGACUUGCAUGGCCAGCUGGAUGACUUGUUCCUCAUCUUUUACAAGAAUGGCCUUCCUUCCCCUUCCAAGUCCUACGUGUUCAAUGGGGACUUUGUAGACAGAGGCAAGCAGUCCCUGGAGAUCCUUGUUAUCCUCUUUACCUUCCUCCUGAUCUACCCCAAGGAGGUUCAUCUCAACCGCGGCAACCACGAGGACCACAUGGUGAACUUACGCUAUGGUUUCACCAAGGAAGUGAUGCAGAAAUACAAGGUGCAUGGGAAGAAAAUCUUGAGGAUGUUUCAGAAUGUCUUUUGCUGGCUGCCCCUGGCCACUCUGAUUGAUCAGAAAGUCCUCAUUAUUCAUGGGGGCAUCUCUGAUACCACUGACCUGGACAUGCUUGAGAAAAUUCAAAGGGACAAAGUAGGUUUUAUUUCCUACUGUAAACCCCCUUUUAUUUCUGUGUUAAGGCUGAAGAAAAGAAAGGAGUCGAGUAGAAAACCAGAAGUUCAGGCCAUAAAUGGGGAGAGCCCAUCGGGCAGUGAUGCAGCAGGGAAGGAGGCAGCUCCCAGGUUAUGUGUGCAGCCCCAGCCAGCCCAGGCUCCCAGCACAGCCAACAGGCCGGAGUUCUCCAGGUGGCUCCGGCAGACGGUGCAGGAACAAAUCGACACGUGCCGCCGGCUGGUGGACAUCAGUGAGUCCGAGCCAGAGGAGCUCACCUAUUCCAGCAUGGUCUCCUUGAAGGAUGUGGAUGAGCCGUGCUGGACUCGCCAGGAGGAGUGGAAGCAGAUUUUAGACAUCCUCUGGAGUGACCCCAUGCCUCAGGAGGGCUGCAGAGAGAAUAAGGUGCGAGGUGGUGGCUGCUACUUUGGGCCUGAUGUGACAGAGAAGUUCCUUGAGAAGUACAGCUUGCAGUUCCUGAUCCGCUCUCACGAGUGCAAGCAGGAAGGCUACGAGUUCUGUCACAACCGCAAGGUGCUGACCAUCUUUUCAGCCUCAAACUACUAUGAGAUUGGCAGCAACAGAGGAGCCUAUGUGAAGCUGGGACCAGACCUCAUUCCCCACUUUGUACAGUACCAAGCAAACAAGACAGCCCAUAUGCUCACUAUGACCCAAAGAAUCAGCAGAGUAGAGGAGUCAGCCUUUCGAGCCUUGCGGGAGCAGCUCUUUGCUCACACCUCAGCCCUCAUCAGUGCCUUCAGGGCCUACGACAUGGACAAUACAGGAAGGAUCACACUGAGCAACUGGGCGACAGCAGUGGAGUCGGUGCUGCGGCUGGGACUGCCCUGGCGAAUGCUGAGGCCACAGCUGGUGCGCAGCACCAAGGAUGGCAUGCUGGAAUACAAAUCCUGGCUGGACGACCUGGCCAUGGAGCAGAGGAGCCAGGAGCACAUCCAGUCGAGCUUGCUGGAAAUCAUUUAUCGGAACAGAUCCAACUUAGAGACCAUAUUCAGGAUCAUAGACAGAGACCAUUCAGGUCUCAUCUCCUUUGAGGAAUUCCAGCAAACCUGGAAGCUGUUCAGCUCCCAUAUGAACAUUGGACUCACGGAUGAUGGCAUUGACGACUUGGUUCGCAGCAUUGACUUCAACAAGGAUGGGAACAUUGACUUCAACGAGUUCCUGGAAGCCUUCCGCCUGGUCAAACAGUGCCCGUCGUGA